AUGCUCUCCAAACUAGUGCUCACCACUUGUUUGUUGCUCACAAUUUCGGGAUCCUCCCAGGCCGCUUCAAUGGAGGAAAUUCAGUCGGAAAAGUUUUGCGAGAAGUUCCCAACACUCCACAUGUGCCGACUGAAAGAAGAGCUGACAGGCAGUUUGGUCGAGUUACAGUAUCUUUUGCAAGAUGGAAUCAACAAUCAACAGCAAGCCGGAGCUCAAGAGGUACAAAAGAGAAAGAGCGCCUUUGUCAGAUUCGGAAAGAGAUCUGCUCCAGAGGAAGAGGCUAUGGAAAUGGAAAAGCGUAAAUCAGCGUUUGUCAGAUUUGGAAGAUCAUUCGGAAUGGAGCCACAGAUUACUGAAAAAAGAAAGAGCCAGUACAUUCGCUUUGGAAAAUAAUUUUUUUUUUUUGAUUUUCAAAUUCCCACCAUUUAUUCCUUUUUCAACCAACAUUUUGAGCAACUCCUACUCUCUUGGGUACCAAUAUUUCUCUAAAUUUACAAAAAUUCACAACCCCCUGUUAAAAUUCCCAGUUCGUGAAUUUUCCUUCUAGUUUUUUUUCCGAGAAAUCUUCCUCCGUGGGCUAAUAAUUUUUUUCUUUUUGGUGUGGACAACUUUUAUUAAUUGACUGAAUGUGUUUGUCAAUCGGUGUGGCGAUGACACCCCAAACCUCCACAAUCCUGUUUCUUGAUCAGCUUGAAAUUGAGAUUUGAAUAAAACUGACUAUUUUGUUA